GCCGCGGGCGCCGGCGGGGAAGUGCGGCUUCCUGCGCCCGGACAGAGGACGCCCGCUGCUCGCGAUGGCCGCGCGCCCCCGCCUGCUGCUGGCCCUGCUCGCGAUGGCCGCUGCCCUGCAUCCCCAGGAGACCCUGGCUCAGCUUCUCCCCACCGCUGACGCCCUGAAGCCAGAAGGCAAGGCGGUGGACAGCUAUGAGGCCAGCGCCCAGCUCUGCUGGGCCGAGUACAAGGAGCACAUGGACUUUUUGGAAAAGGACUGGUGCAACUGGACCGUGAUCAGCAGGCCAUACAGUGCCCUGCGCGACUGCUUGGAAAUGGAGGCGGAAGCCUUCAGCCUGGGCUUCCCCAACGCCCUGGCCGAGAGGUUCAUCUUCGAGACGCACCACCUGCACUUUGCCAACUGCUCCCUGGUGCAGCCCGCCCUCUCUGACCCCCCGGAAGACGUGCUCCUGGCCCUGAUCGUGGCCCCCAUCUGCCUCAUCCCCUUCCUCGUCACUCUCGUGGUGUGCAGGAGUAAGGACGGCGAGGCCAAAGCCUAGGGUGGGGGCCACCAGCACCGCGCCCGCCCUCCCCCCUCCUCCCCCCUCCUCCCCCUCGCUGACCCUGCAGAGCCUGGCACUGGGGUCCUGGCACAAGUUGUGUAACCUUCAGAAUAAAGCUUUGUUUUUGGC